AUGAAAUUAAUCAUUGUUAUUGUUACUAUUCUUCUUGGUUGUAUUACAUUCAAUGAAGCUCUUCAAUGUUAUUCACACGAUAUUUGUUCUGCGAAUUGUCCACAAUUGACUAAUACAAUUAAGACAUGUAAUAAUGAUGAAAAUAAAUGUUAUAAAGCAGCAUUUCCAGGUGGUGUUAGUCGUGGUUGUGCUAAAGAACGAUGCAAUGUUCAAGUCAAUGCCAAUUCAAUAAUGGCUAAUGUAUGCUGUGAAACAGACUUAUGUAAUUCAGCAAUAAUACCGAAAAUGACAAUCGCUGGACUUCUUAUGAUUAUUAGCGUCUUGAUUUUUAUUCGUAUAUAA